AUAGAACAUGGCACUUUUGCAAUCAAACAUCCAUACCAAAGAUACUUUAAGGGAUAUCGCAAAGAUAUUGCUUCAGCUUGUCAUUCUCUACAAUGUCGUCUCUCUCACCAACCUCUCCCCCCCCGGCUCAGUCCCAUGCUCUCCUCUCCUAUCCCAGCCCCUCAAUCCUCCUCGUCACUCUCAACCGACCCCUGGCCAUGAAUGCUCUUCCGUUCCAAGCACACUGGGACCUCUCUGAACUCUGGUCCUGGUUCGACGACUCCCCCACUCUCCUCGUCGCCAUCCUCACCGGCGCCGGUUCCGCCUUCUGCGCCGGCCAAGACCUGAAAGAAGUCCAAGCUAACCGACUGCAACCACCCUCUCAGCCAUAUCUUAAAGGAAGGCCGCCGUCUGGAUUUGGCGGAAUGAGCCAGCGGAAGGGGAGGAAACCGAUUAUUGCCGCUGUGAACGGAGUUGCGUUUGGAGGAGGGUUCGAGAUGUGUUUAAAUUGUGAUAUCGUCAUCGCAAGCCCACGCGCACAAUUCGCGCUGCCGGAAGCCCGACGCGGACUCUAUGCCUCUGCAGGCGGUCUACCGCGCCUCGUGCACGGUGCUGGGAUACAAAUUGCAUCAGAAAUUGCCCUGACGGGGCGGUCAAUCUCAGCCGAAGAAGGAAUCCGAUGGCUAUUCGUGAACCGGAUAUCUAAAAGCCAAGAGACGCUAUUGGAGGAGGCUAUCACGCUGGGCCGGGAGAUUGCGCGGUUGAGUCCGGAUGCGGUGAUUGCAACUCGUGGAGGGCUGAGAGAUGCGCAUGAGAUGGCAGGAUUAGAGGAGACAUGGGCGAGAACAAAGGAGAGGUAUGAGAAGAAGUUGUAUGGUGCACCGAAUAUGCUAGAAGGGUUGGCUGCGUUUAUGGGCAAGCGGGAGCCGAAGUGGGUUGUGUCUAAUUUAUAGUUAAGG